CCUCUCUCCUGAAAGAGAACUAAGCUGUCUUUUGUGCUCAGGACUUCAGACUGCGCGCUUCCCCGGUGGGAAGCGCGCCUCCGCGAGGGCUGCUCCCCAUUGCACACAGGCCGAAGGUCGGUCUAGAAAAUGUAUCUACAAUGUGGCGAUAUCUUGGGCUCCUGGACUUCGGAGCCUUCGAGGCCUUUGGUGCCAACUUCUGCACUUUCCAAAUUGCCCAUUUGCAGCCUCUUGGGAAACUCCUAAGACCCAGAGGCCUUCCAGGAGCCUGGGAACGAAUGCCGAAGCGGAGCCCUCCCAGAAAGGAAGGGCUCCCUGGAAGCCCAGCGGCCGGCCAAUAAGCGUUUAGGGACUGACGGCGGGCAGAAGCGGAGGUCUCUCCCCUCCCGCGACAUGGCUUGAGUCUUUCAGCAAUUGAGAUGAACCCCCAAAUCCCUGGGGCCGAUUUCAGAUCUCCCCACCUCAUAUGCUUGGGCUCCAGGUGCCCCAGAAGACAAAACAUUUUACCCAAGGACCAAGCAAGGCAGCCAGCCUGUUACCUGCACUUAUUGAGGGGUCACAGUGUGCCAGACACCACCAAACCCCACGGCCACAAAGCCAGGAAUGAUGGGAAACAGCACCAGCAUUGGAGUCAAAAGGGCUAGGUUCAACUCUUACCCCAAGGUGUAUAUGCAGUACAUGCCAGGGUUGCCCAGGGCUAGGUGGCUAGAGAAUCCAUCGAGAAACAGGAGGUCAGACACUUCCUAGCUGGGUGACCCUGGGCGAGUCCCUUCACCCCAAUUGCCUAGUUUUUACCCCUCGGCUGCCCUGUGUUUCUAUUGAUUCUAAGACAGAAGGGAAGGGUUUUAAAAAGUGAAUGUGCUAAUGUUCAGGAGCUUUUGGUGUUCUGGGUUUCAUUUGGAAGCUUCACUUUUUAGGCAAAGCUUGACCGUUAAUUUUCUUUUAACAUUUACUCACAGUUUUGCUUAGUCAGAUAACCAACAACAAUGACCAUCAUGCCGAGUUACUCAGUCACUGAGCACACAGCUUUUUAAAAAAUUCAAACAAUAACUUUCAACAUGUUUCCCCAAAUUGUUAGAUCCAAAUUGCUUCUCCCCUUCUCUCCCCUCUCCAUUCUCCCAGCUGACCUGGACUAUACACGUGUCCUCAUAUUGGUCACUGUUGUAAGAGAAUACUCAUUCCAUACCUAAAUCCCCAAAGAAAAAAACAAAGGAAUAGGAGAAAGCAUCUGCUUCCAUCUGCACCUGGCUGUAAUAGUUCUUUCUCUGGACGCAGAGAGCAUUCUGGGUCUCAAAUCCUCCAGAACUGGCCUAUAUUGUAUUGCUGAAAGUAGCUAAGUCUUUCACAUGGCAAUAUUGCUGUUACUGUAUACAGUGUUUUCCUGGUUCUGCUUAUUUCGCUCUGCAUCAAUUCAUGGAGGUCUUUCCAGCUUUUUCUGAAAUCCUCCUGCUCAUCAUUUCUUAUACUAGAACAGAAUCCCAUCACCAACAUGUACCACACUUUGUUCAGCCAUUCCCCAACACCCUCAAUUUCAAAUUCUUUGCCACCACAAAAAGGGCUGCUAUAAAUAUUUUUGUACAAGGAGUUCCUUCUCCCAUUUUGAUUAUUUCUUUGGGAUAUGACCCCAUAGUGGUGUUACAGGACCAAAGGAUAUGCUCAAUUUUAUGGCUUUUUCUUUGGGCAUAGAUCCAAAUUGCCAUUCGGAAUGGUUGGAUCAGUUCACAACUCCACCAGCAAUGCAUUAGUGUCCCCAUUUUGCCACAUCCCCUCCAACAUUGAACACUUUCCUUUGCUGUCAUGUUGGCCUAUCUGAUAGGUAAGAGAUGGUAUGUCAGAAUGUUUUAAUUUGCUUUUCUCUAAUCAAGAGGGAUUUAGAACAUUUUUUCAUAUGAUUAUUGAGAGCUUUGAUUUCUUUAUCUGAAAACUGUUUAUUUAUAUCCUUUGACCAUUUGUCAGUUAGGGAAUGACUUGUAUUAUAAAGCUGACAGCUCUAUAAAUUUGAGAAAUGAGACCUUUAUCAGAGACAUUGCUACAAAAUCUACCUCCCCCACCAGUUCCUAGUUUCCCUUCUAAUCUUGGUUACAUUGCUUUUGUUUGUACGUGAUUACAUUUUUUUCAUUUAACAUGACCAAAAUUAUUCAUUUUACGUCUCAUAAUGCUGUCUAUCUCUUGUUUAGUCAUAAAUUCUUCCCUUCUCUGUAGAUCUGCCAUGCAAACUAUUCUGUGUUCCCCUAAUAUACUUAUGUCUAAAUCGUAUACCCAACCUUAUCUGGGCAUAGGGUGUGCGAGGCUGCUCUAUAUCUAAUUUCUGCCAUGCUGUUUUUCAGCAGUUUUUGUUAAAGAGAUUUUUCAUCCCAAAGCUGGGAUCGUUGGGUUCACCAAACGCCAAGUUGUUAGGUCAUUUACCCCUGCCAAUUGUGUAUCUGCUCUGUUCCAGUGAUCCACCAUUCUAUUUCUUAGCUAGCACCAGACUGUUUUGGUGAUUACUGACUGCUUUAGAGUACUAUUUGAGAUCUGGUACUGCAAGGCUACCUUCUUUGGCAUUUUUUUCCUCAUGAAUUCUCCUGAUAUUCUCAGACUUUUGUUCUUCCAGAUGAAUUCUGUUAUUAUUUUUCCUAGUUACAUAAAAGAAUUUUGGGUAUUUUGAUUGGAUAAGUAACUUAGUUUAGGCAGAAUUGUCAUUUUUAUUCUAUUGGCUCAGCUUACCCUCGAACAAUUACUAUUUUCCCAACUGUUUAGAUCUGACUUUAUUUGUGUGAAAAUUAUUUGGUAAUUAUGUUCAGAUAAUUCCUGUGUUUUCUUGGCAAGUUGAUUACCAAGUAUUUUAUAUUGUCUAAAGAUUCUUUAAAUGGAAUUUCUCUUUCUAUUUCUUGCUGCUGGACUUUGUUGGUAAUACCUAGAAAUGCUGAUGACUCGUGUGGGUUUAUUUUGUAACCUGCAACUUUGUUGAAUUUAGUAAUCAUUUCAACUAGUUUUUCAGUUGAUUCUCAAAGUAUAUCAUCAUAUCAUCUGCAAAGAGUUGAGCUUUCUCAUCGCCCACCCGAAUCUCUUCCACCUCGUUGCCUUCUCAUUGCUAAAGCUAGCAUUUCUAGUGAGUGAGAGUGGGUGAUAACGGAUAGCCUUGCUUUAUCCCUGAUCGUAUUGGAAAGGCUUCCAACUUAUCCCCAUAACAGAUGCUACUUGCUUCCCAGUGGACAUCUUCAUGAAUUGUGUUGUGCCUGCCUCGGAUCCCAUCUUGGCUACUUCCAUCUGGGGUGUUCCUCAACCUUCCUGGGCUUCAGAUUUCCCAUCUAGAUAAAAUGAUGAGGCAGGAGGGUAGCCCAAAUGGCUUCUGAGGUUCUUCCCAGCUCUAAACUGGGGGUCCCAUCACUUUGUAAGCUUUGUAUUCUGUGUCUGCUUGCCCUUCUAGUGUGGAGAAUACAUUCUCUGCACCUGUCUUUUUGGGACAGCUGGGACAAUUACCUGGGUCUGUGCUGUGGCUUUGCGUUGUACCCACAGAUGACCACUUAUGGGAUGAACCUGCCAGUUGUACUUAGAUACAACAUGUGAAUGUGAUGAGACUGCAAAUUCUUUACUUAGGGAAAGUGUGAGAAUUACAUGAUUGUAGGGUCCACCCCGGCCUCCCCCCCCCUUUUCAGCCUUGCUUUUGAAUGGAUCUGGAUGGCAGCAAAGGGGCAGUGGAAGAGGAGAUGGAAAGGAAUCUCUUCCUCCCACCCCCUUUGCCAUCUUGCCAAAUAGAAUUCCAGGAAUGAUUUGGAGGAGCUCCAGUUUAGAGAGCAAGGCACAGAACAGGUAAAAAGGAGUUUAAGGCUUCACUCAGAGACUGGGGGGGUCGAAAAGGAAGGUGGAUUUGGCCUAAGCCCGAGGCCCAGGGCUGCUGGCUUCUGUUGGAUGUCUGGUGGGCUGUGCCUGCAAAGCCUAUGGCUAUGAUAGAAAGAGUUGAGGGAAAUCUUUUGGGGGUCAGGGGGUGAGGGAUGCCCAUAGCAUCUGUCACUCAGUAGAUGGCAGCAGAGAACAACUAUGUGAGGCGAGAAAAGGGGACGCUAUUCUGGGAAAUGGAGUAGAAUGAAUGGAGUGGAGACGUGAGAGCCUGGCUGAAUAUGUGGGGUGAGUGAGACGCCAUUGAGGAUGAGAAUCUCGCUCGCAGCCUAGAAGAAUGUCGGGGGAGUUGGGAGGAGGAGGAGGAGGACGCAGUGAAUUCUUUCGGACACGCCGAGUUGGAGAUGUCUUGGGGCAGCCAAGUUGAAAUGGAACUCGGGAGAGAGACAAGGGCUGAGUGAACAGAUCAGGAAAUCAUCUUCCGAGAAAUGAGAAUGAAGCCAAUAGGAACUCAUGAGGUCGCCAAGGGAAAUGGAAUGGAGAGAGAAGAGGGCACAAGGCAGAGCCUUGGGGGUAGAGCAAUAGUUGAGGGCUGGGAGAUGGCUGGUGAUCCCGCAGAGGAAACCAUUGAAGAGUGGCCAGAAAAGGAGGAGGAAAACCAGGAGAAAGCUGUGGAAUGAAAUCCAAGGAAGGAGAAUGUGGCAGGGAGGACCAAGAAGCACUUAUUCUAUUUGGCGCUGAAUGGUACAUUUGGAGCAAUGGGGUUCUGUUUCUGACAAGGAGAUGGGAAGCCAGACGACAGAAGAUGCAGGAAGGAAUGCUUCAAUUUACUACCCUGGGUGCAAUUCAGUAUAGUCCAUUUGUUACAAAGAUAAGAAGAGGCCACGAGGCCGGCUUUUCUAAGAGCUUGGUUGAGGGAAAAGAGGAGACACAUAGGAUAAGAGAGCUGCUCUCCCUCUAGUGCCUGCGGGUCCCUUCUGGGGCCAUCUCAAAUGUCAGGGCUAACCAGAUCCCCUUACUCCUCCCCACCUGCCUCAUUUUACAGUUAGGAAAACUGAGGCCUCAGAAGGGGAGGGGACUUACUUUCUCAAGGUCUCAUGGGAGGCUGGGAAGUAGCCAGAGUCUGGGUUUAGCUGGGCUCCUCUGACUCUCAAAGCCUGGAUGUCCUUCCCAAGGACUUCACGCACUUCAUGGUAGGGAGUGUGUGUGUGUAUGUGGGAGGGGAGAGGAGCAUGGGACAGUGAAGUGGCUUCAGAGCUGGUCUAAGCCCUGAGGAAACAGGCCCAGGGAAGGGAUCUGGCCAGAUCUAUGCAGUUUAAAAGUCUAUUUUGAACCCAAAUCCUGCUUUCAAUAUAUGAGUCUCUUCUUUGCACAAAUGAGUCAGGAGGUAGAAGGGACAGGCGGCGAGGCUUGGAGCUGGUCGUUCCCCUCUGGCAAGGUCCUGGGGCAGGGGCAUCAUCAGAGCCAGCUGGGCUUGGUCCGGUCAGCACCCCGAGGCAGGGUUCUAAAGUCAGUGAGGCCUACCCUGGCAGAGGGAGGGGGUGAGGGCAGCUCCCAGCUCAGGUGGUUUCCCUAGUCUGGCAGGCCUCCUGGAAGAACAGGCUACCCUGUGUACGGUUACCAGAUUGUCCUGGCGAUAAUAGAGGAGGGAGGCAGCAGGCCAGAGCCAGGGAUGGGGGAAGGGAGGGGGCAGGCAGCACCAAUCCCACCUUAGCCCUGCUGCUGGGGAUGGGGUGCAGGAUUGUGGGAUGCUGAGCACAUUUCCCUCAGUAGGCACCAUCUCUGGGCAGAGGCAGCCUCUCUCUCAGCGCCUGCUCCCGAGAGACGUUUUCGCUCCAGAGUUCUUCGUCUUGCCUUUCUGAACCUGUCCUGAGCCCCGGCCAUGCCGUCCUGAUUCUCCCAGCCUCAGUCUCCCGUCCGGGGUCAUCUGCACGGGCCUCUGUCUCCCUCCUGCCCCGGCUCCAGCCCCCAGGAGACAGAGCAAUGGUGCUAGCAUGUAUGGAGAGCUUUAAGGUUACAGACGGACAAAGAUGAUCUCAUCCCCCCCCCAUUCUGGGAAGUAAGUGCUAGUGGGAUCUCUAUUUUACAGUUAGGGAGACUGAGGCAGACGAGCUCAUGGACUGGUCUGCAGCCGCUCCCCAGAGGCCUGGACCUGCUGACUUCGAAGCUCCUCUUGGCUGAAAUCCUCACGACUUGCCCUUGCUUUACCGUGCUGUCACACCUAACUUGGAAGAACACGGCGGUCUCGCACUCGGGACCUUCGGACGCGGGAAGUGUGGGAAGGUUCGGAGACACUCACGGAUGGGAUUUUCGAUGUCCACAUGAAGAGAAGCUCGGGGGUCCCAGGGCAGAGCCUCCCGAGCCUCCCAGCCCUCCCCCAAGUCUAACCCUGGCCGGGGGCUCGGCCAGUCACUCUUCCCCAUUCACGGGAGGGAAGGAGGAACGGAUGAUGCGCUGCGGCUUGGCCUAGGCCCACGGCUGGGACAGGAAGGCCAUUCCUGCUCCCCAGCAGCUCCCCGUCUCCUUGAGGAGCCAACACACAGGCCGCUUCCCUCCGGGGGCAGCAGCAGGGCAGAGCGUCGGCUCCUGAUGCUCCACUGGGCAGGGCUGAGGACGUGGCUGUCAAGACCUUUCUGGCCUGGGCCUUUGGGAGCUGUGGCUGAAGUCGGGCUGGCCUGCCAGGGCGCAAGGAACGGGGCCCUUUGUCCACGGGGUGGCUGCUUUCUCUGACUCUUGGGGCCAGGGUCCUGGCCUAUCUCCAGGGCUCAGGGGAGGCCAGGUCCGCCCUGGGACAGCUUCUCGGCUGCCUUAUUUCUCCAUCGGUCUUUUCCCUUUUCUCCCGGGGAUGCUCCCCAGAAACACGCUCCGGGGGCCUGGGUGGUGAUGGGGGCAGAAAAGAGGGAGGGAGCAAAGAGCCAGGGCGCCAGCGGGCCCCUCCCCCAUCCCUUCUCGAGGCUGCCCCCUCUGUAGUGACAAGUGAGGAGAGGGCUCGGCCCCUUAUCCGGGCCCUGUCCUCACCCUCCCCACGAGGCACCAAACACACGGGUGGCCCGCUGGGCUGGGCACCAAGUGGCAGACGAACUCUUGGCUGGCUUUGGGCCACCGGACCCCCCCCCGUUCCUCCUUCGGGGCCCCUCUCCCCCCUCCCCCAGCCCCAGGGAACCGAGACUCGGGUGUCUGAUAACUCGGUUUCUGUUGCAUUAUGUUACGGAGGAUCAUGUCUCCCAGAAGCUUAACAGUUUCUUGGCCAGCCCCCUUCCUGGCGCCCCCUCUUCUCUUCAAGCCUCCCCGCCGCUGUCCCAGCUGUCCCCGCCCCCAAGGGCUCCUCUUCUCCUUGGCCACCCUGCCCUGAACCCAUCUCCGGAGGGCCACCUUAAAGGCAGGCGGGGCUGAUGGGGGCUCUGGGCCUCCUGCCAGGCCACCUGGGUUACCGAAGACCCAUCGGGCAGGGCACAGACGAGGAGACAGGCACGGAAGCGCCCUCGGGUCCCCUGCCUCCCUGCCCUGCUGGGGCUGGCUCGUAAGCCCGCCAAGAUGGCCCUGUGCUUCUCUGAGGCAGAUGGCGACGGGGAGGACUCGGUGGCCCUGACCUUGGCUCAGGCUAUGCUAGCGCUGGCUGUGGUGGCGGCCACGGCCUUGGCCCUCCAUUGGUUAGGAUCCGGGUCUGAACGAGACAAGGAUGUGGCCAAGCAGAGUCCGGUGUCCGGCCAGACUCGGCAUCCUCAGGACCGCGAGAUGGCCAAGGUCAGCGGCCAAGACCCGGAGGCCAAGGCCCCCAGGGCGAUGCCAGAUCCGCCGGCGUCAGGUCCCGGGGAGCAGCCUGGAAGAAGCUCAGGGGGCUCGGAGGCUCCCAGGAACAGAGAGGAUGACCCGGCCCGACUGGAUGUGGCCCCAGCAGCUCCUCCUCAGGCCAGGGCACCCAGGAUAACUUCAAGGGUAGCCCAGCCAAAGCAGCCAGGAAGUGGCUCUCAGCAGAGCGAAUCUGGGCCACCAGCGGGGCAGGGCCCCCUUGUGAUACACUUUACUCCAAGGUACCCAGAGACAUGGAGCCCCCUGGAUGCAGCCCCAGCCCGAGACAAACUGGAUGCUGGUGGAGAGAAGUCGGGCAAGGCUCCUGAGGGCCAACGGCAGGAUGCGGUGCCCAGUCCCAGAAGCCGGAGCCGCGUUAGAGGCCCGGGGCCCGAUCCCUUCAGUCUGGGCACAGUGGUGAGUGUGUGGGAUGCCAUUGACGCAGGAAGCUCCCUUGCUGCUCCGGAUCCCUUUCUGGGUGGGCUUCUGCCCCGAGCCCUGGGCACCAGAGUCGCAGCCCCAGCAAAGGCUCCCAGUGUCCCCACACCCCCUGGGGGCUGCCAGGACACCCCCUCAAAGCCAGGCGGAGGGGAAGGGCAGAUCAGGCCCCCUGCCUCAGGAUCCCAGGCAGCCCUGGCUGCUGUUCAAGAGAGAACAAACAGCAAGUGUGGAGACAGAGACCCCAGGCCCGGGGGAGCGGGGCUCUCAGCAUCCUGCGCUCCCAGCCCUGUCCAGGAUGUAGGCCCAGUUCCAGAGGAGGGCUGGCCCUGGAAGGAGAGGGAGCUCCUGAUCACCAGCAGCUUUAGCCGUCCCCCCUCCGCUCUGAUCCAGCAACUGGAGGGUGCUGGCCAAGAGUCCCCACUGCCCUCUAGGAGGGAGAGCCCCCAGGCUGGCCUGGCUCCAAGGAGCACCUGCGCAGACCCUGAAGAAAGGAAGACGGGAGCAGUUCAGGCCCCUUUGUCUCCAGAGGGUGUGAGCCCAGGCCAGGACCUCCCUGGCACCACCCCAGGCUCAGAGCCUGGAGCACUAGCAAAAAAGCUUGGGGCUGGAAAGGCCUGGGGAGAACCAGGAGCUGCAGAUGCCCCUGCUCAAGUCAAUUCAGCACUUAAUCAUGAGGGUGCUGGGUUCAACUCCUCCUGCUCUGCCUCUGGUCCUUCUCCCAGAGCUCGUAAGACCAUGGGGUCUCCGAGCCCAGUCACUUCUCCUGGAGCCCUCCUUCCUAUGGGAUCUUCAUCCUCAGCCCCCCUGCCUACAGAGUCUCCAGCUUCAAUUCCUUCUCCCAAAGCCCAUAGCCUCAAGGAGCCUCCAAGCUCAGAUCCUCCUCCUACAGGGUCUCAGGCAUUAGCCUCUUCUCCCAAAGCUGUCGGCCCCACAGAGUUGCCAUCCUCAGCCCCUGCACCUUCUGUGUCUCCAUCCUCAGCCCUGGCAGCCAUGAAGUCCUCGCCUUCAGCCCCUGCACCCUCAGGUUCUCCAUUCUCGGCCCCCACAUCUUCAGGUUCUCUGUCCUCAGCCCCUGUACCAUCAGGGUCCCCAGCCUCAGCCCCUGAACCCUUGGGGUUGCCAUCAUCAGUCUCUUCACCCUUGGGGUCCCCAGGUCCUACAACCCUGAAGUCCCCAUGCUCAGCCCUUGCACCCACAAAAUCCCCGUCCUCAUCCCCUGAAUCCUUAGGGUUGCUGCCCUCAACCCCUGCAUCCUUAGGAUCACCAUCCUUAGCCCCUGCACUUAUAAAGUCCCCAUCCUCAGCCCCUUUAUCUUUGGGGUUGCCGUCCUCAGCCCCUGAAUCCUCUGCACCCUUGGCGUUUUCAUCUUCAGCCCCUAUACCCACAAAGUCCCCAUCCUCCGCUCCUGCACCCUUGGAGUCACCAUCAUUAGCCUCUGCACCCUUGGGGUCACCAUCCUCAAACCCUGCACCCACAAAGUCGCCAUCCUCAGCCCGUGUACCCUCAGAGUCACCCCCAUCAGACUCUGUACCCUUAGGGUCCUCCUCAGGCCUUGCCCCCACAGAGCCUCCAUCUUUAGCUGUUGCUUCCAGAGUUCUCACACCCACAGAGACUCCAUUCUUGGGGCCCUCCUCCUUGCCUUCCUCCAUUCCCUCUUCCACAGGCCCUUCUUCCUCUGCUCUGCCCUCCUCAGUUCCUGCCCCCUCAGCUUCUUUAUCCAUAAUCCCCUCCGCCUCACAAGCCCUUCCUUCAGCUCCCCAGGCCACAGCUUCUGUGCCCAAGAGCCGACCACCUGCAGCCCUUCCUUUACCUGGCGAGAGCGCCCAGAGUCCUUCCAGGGCUGAAGAGCUUACAGCAGAUCCAAUCCUAGCCCCAGCCCCAGCCCCAGGUGGCCCACCGGUCAGGGCUCUGGCCCAGGGUCCCAGUGGCAGCUGGGGAAACCUCAUUUCCAUGGUCUUGCGGAGCCAUCCCUUCCCCAGCUCAGCAAAGCGCCAGGGGGAGGCCCCUCAGACCGGCCCCGUGGAUCGCUCGAGUGCUGCAGCCGAGCCCUCCCGGAGCAGCCAGACCAGGGAUCUUCCUCCAGGGGUCAGUGCAGUGGGCACAGAGCCCCAGGCCACGGUCAGAGAUCAACCACUUUCAGCAGGGAUGGAAACCCCAGCAGCCACCACUCCAAGUAGUUCCCGGGGUCUGAAUGGGGCCCCAGUGGAAGAGAAAAGGCCAGCAACAACUGAACCCCCAAGGGUCACCCGGGGACCAUCAUCUCCCCCCGGGCCCCCCCCGGAAAGGAAGCAGCAGGAGCCAACGGUCCCCAGAGAGACGAGGCCCGAGGGCCAGCCUGCACCUCGACCCCGGAAACGCAGCAUCUGCCAGAUGGCCGACAGUUUGGCGCAGAGGGCGGGCCCGGCGGCCCCCCCCCAGAGGGAAUCCCCACCAGGGAUGGUGACCCCCCUCACCGAAAGACAACUCCAGGACAGCCAGCUCAUGGCCUUCCUGAGGCGUCCCGGAACCUGGGGGAGAGCGGAAGGGCCGCGCAAGCCUAGCCACCCUCCCAAGGAUCUCGCUGGCGCUGUGGCGGCCGUGCGGCGGCACCUGGACCUGGGCAGCUGUGUGGCCGCCCUGGCCUUCGCCCAGCAGCACGGCGAGCUGGCUCUAGCGGAAGAGGUCUAUGCCCUGAUGAGCGACAACUUCCUUCUCGUGCUGGGCGAUGCGCCCCUCUACCGGCAGCUCAGCGGAGGCGACAGGGAGCGGAUCCUGGCUCUGCGCAAGACCCGAGGCCGGCCCGUGCUGGGGCUCCUCGUGUUGCCCAGCGUCUACGGGGUGAGCCGGUCGGCCUUGGCGGGGGAGCCCCAAGCCACGGAGGUGCCCGCGACCCCCUCGGCCGGGGUGCCUCGCACUUACCUGUACACGUUCGAGCCUGGCAGGAACGCGUGGCAGCCCCUGACCCUGGUGCCCGAGGAGGCUCCGCUCCGAGGCUGUGGCCUGUGCACCAUGUACAAUUACCUGUUCCUGGCUGGCGGCGUCAGGGGCUCGGGCCCUGCGGCCGUCUCGACCAACGAGGUCUUUUGCUACAACCCGCUGACCGACAUCUGGAGCCCGGUGCGGCCCAUGCUGCAGGCCCGGGCACAGCUGAAGCUCGUGGCGCUGGAGGGGCUCCUCUACGCCAUCGGGGGCGAGUGCCUGUACAGCAUGGAGUGCUACGACCCCCGCACUGACCACUGGGCCUCUCGGGCCUCUCUCCCCGAGGGGACCUUCCCAGUGGCGCACGAGGCCGUGGCCUGCCGCGGGGACAUCUACGUCACGGGGGGCCACCUCUUCUACCGCCUGCUCAAGUACAGCCCCGCGCAGGACUCCUGGGCCGAGUGCCCCUACAGUGCCAGCCACCGGCGCUCCAGCGACAUGGUGGCCUUGGGGGGCUUUCUGUACCGCUUCGACCUGCUGCGCGGCGUGGGGGCCGCCGUGAUGCGCUACAACACGGUCACCGGGUCCUGGAGCCAGGCUGCCCCCCUGCCCCUCCCAGAGCCCCUCCCGCUGCGCUGCGCUGUGCUGGCCAAUACCAUCUACUGCCUCAACCAGCAGGUCACGGCCACCUUCACCGUGUCCGAGGGCACGGCGCAGUUCGAGGCGCGACAGCUGAAGCCCUUUCCUCUGGGGGGGAGGGGGGCUCUCUGCCCCUUCACCCUGACGCUGCCCACCUCGUCCCCCCUACAGACCCCUCUGUAAGCUCAGCCCCCGGCCGUUCUGCUAGGAAAGUCUGCCGCGCUCCUGCCAGGGAACUGCGACACACCACUGAUCCCAAGAUGGAAGGGCGGCCGGAUCUCCGGGCGCUGGGGUGGAGAGUCGGGGGACAGGGGCAGGCCGAGGGGGGAGGCUGGGAGGCCUGAGGGCCCCGUUUGCCCCAAGGGGACUCCAGGGGAUGGGAGCCUGCCGAGGGCAGCUGCCAGGACAAGCAGGGGAGAGCCGGAAGGCCCAGCCUGCCCCGGCCACCCAAGCCCUCUCCCUCCCGUCUGGGCCCUCUCGAUGGGCUGCCCCUUGUGCUGUGAGCCCGCUGGGGUGGCAGAAUAAACAGGAGCUGAGCUGAGCAAAGGCGAGUGUGUCCCUUUCUCCCCGUCCCCACGAG